CAGGUCUGUGGAGAGCCAGUUGAUUGCCAGUCCUGGUGCCAGAAGGCUGUCUAGGGAGGCCAGAGGCUGGCCUGAGCCUGGCUCUGGGGAUCCCUCCAUCCAGAAAAGCCAACUGACCAACCUGUUCCUUUAUCUGCUGCCAGGGCCAUGGGGGCUGGGGCCAGCGCAGAGGAGAAGCACUCAAGAGAGCUAGAAAAGAAGCUGAAAGAAGAUGCUGAGAAGGAUGCUCGAACCGUGAAACUGCUGCUUCUGGGUGCCGGUGAGUCCGGGAAGAGCACCAUUGUCAAGCAGAUGAAGAUCAUCCACCAGGAUGGGUACUCGCUGGAAGAGUGCCUCGAGUUCAUUGCCAUCAUCUAUGGCAACACGCUGCAGUCCAUCCUGGCCAUCGUGCGCGCCAUGACCACGCUCAACAUCCAGUACGGAGAUUCUGCGCGCCAGGACGACGCCCGGAAGCUGAUGCACAUGGCGGACACCAUCGAGGAGGGCACGAUGCCUAAGGAGAUGUCCGACAUCAUCCAGCGGCUGUGGAAGGACUCCGGUAUCCAGGCCUGUUUCGAUCGCGCCUCGGAGUACCAGCUCAACGACUCCGCCGGCUACUACCUCUCCGACCUGGAGCGCCUGGUAACCCCGGGCUAUGUGCCCACUGAGCAGGACGUGCUGCGCUCGCGUGUCAAGACCACCGGCAUUAUCGAGACGCAGUUCUCCUUCAAGGACCUCAACUUCCGGAUGUUCGAUGUGGGCGGGCAGCGCUCGGAGCGCAAGAAGUGGAUCCACUGCUUCGAGGGUGUGACCUGCAUCAUCUUCAUAGCAGCUCUGAGUGCCUAUGACAUGGUGCUGGUGGAGGACGACGAAGUGAACCGCAUGCACGAGAGCCUGCACCUGUUCAACAGCAUCUGCAACCACCGCUACUUCGCCACCACGUCCAUCGUGCUCUUCCUCAACAAGAAGGACGUUUUUUCCGAGAAGAUAAAAAAGGCGCAUCUUAGCAUCUGCUUCCCCGACUACGACGGACCCAACACAUACGAGGACGCGGGCAACUACAUCAAAGUGCAGUUCCUCGAGCUCAACAUGAGACGCGACGUGAAGGAGAUUUAUUCCCACAUGACGUGCGCCACCGACACGCAGAACGUCAAGUUUGUCUUCGACGCUGUCACCGACAUCAUCAUCAAGGAGAACCUCAAAGACUGCGGCCUCUUCUGAGGUUCCUGAACCCAUGUGCAUCCUGAGACCCUGUAGCCCUAACUGCCUUUGAGCUCCAGCCAAUAGGACCCUAUCAUCCUCCCAGGACUUCUGGGCCCCAGCAUGUGGCCCUCCCAGCCACAGACCCAAAGCCCUGAGCCCCACUAGCCUGGAGGCCCUGACCCUCCCCUGUGACUCCUAGGCCUCCCAGAGCCAGGUGCCCCCAACCCUAGCACUGCCCUUCACGGCCUGGUUGCACUGGCCUCCAGGACCCAACACAGCCAGCCCCAGCUAGGAGCAGGCAGGACUUGGGGCAGCUGGAGCACACAGUGACUCAGCAGUGCUCGACUGACCAAUCUCCUGCAGCUCUCCCGCCCCAGGGGGCCCGUGACUCACCUUGGUGGGUCUGGGCUCAGCAAACAGCCCUCCCUCCCAGGGUUUCAUGAAGGGCAGAGGGGCAGGCAGAGAUCCCUCCUCCGAGCAGGCCUGAUGCUUACCAUCAGCCCGUUCCAGCCUUACCACCUCCAUGUGACAAGUCUGACACCUGUCUACCCAGUGGCCAGUGACUGUCCCUCCCAGCAGCUUCAGGGGUUCAAAGUCCAAGCCAGCUCUGGCCUGUGCAGUUCCUACAUAGAUGAAUUAGUGAGUGGGGACAAGGCUGGGAGCCCCUGAGUGCCAGAGAGAGACUCAAGCUGGACCCCUCCCUACAUACCAGGCUGAAAGUAACCCCCUAGCCCCUUCCCCCACAGGCUCUACCCCUCUGUCCUUGAACACCAGAUCCAUGUCCUACCUCACCCACCCACAGUAAUUCAGGUCGGUCAAAGGGAUGGUCUAUUGAGGGAGGGUACUGUUGACACCAGCUGUGGCCAAUGGUCAAACUGUCCUGAAGGGUGGCUGGGGGCAGAGUCCGGUUCCCAUCGAUCAGCCCCAGGAAGAGAAUUUGGGACAGGACGGAGACCCAGGUUGUGCCCAGAGGGGUCUACCUCAGGUGGGGUCACAAGCAAACCCAGGCGACCCUUGUCCCUGCCAGCAGUUUCUCUCACCCUUUCUAUUCAGGGCCCAUUCCCUGGCAGGAAAAACUGAGGGCCAUGCCUGAACUGUCAGGGACAAAAGUUCAUGUCCCCACAUCCCCGCGCCCUACUUCUCACCCGUCACCAAGUCCUUGCUGAUGUCCAUGGGCUGGGGCCUGUGCUGCAGGCGAGGACGGGAGCUUCUGUUUAGCAAGGGCUGGGCAUGAUUCACACUCAUCCUCAGCUAGAUGCAGACUCAGCAAUAAACCUUUGCAUCAGGC